AUGGGACGGAAGCACGUACCGUUCCUGGCUCACCUCGUGUUCUUUGAUGUAGUGCAGUUGGGCUGGCAGUCUAUCGAUCACGCUAUCCAACGCCGCCUCGAUCCGCUCGAUCAGCCGGAAUGGCGGGUUGGUGAAAUGUUUCAAGUACCCGUAUCCAAGCGCAUAACCCGCGAAAAUCGCAAUCAAAUGGCCCAUGAAACUCGAACUAGGCACCAAAACACCCACAACAAGCAGGAACACGAACGGCACCAUGGUUGUUGGAACGUCCACCCUGUACAGUUUCACGGUUUCCUCGGUUUGCGACCGCAGAUAGUAGUAGUAGCUGAGCAUCGAGAAACACCAUCCGGAUGCUCCCAGAACGCUGGUCUCUGGGUAGAACAACAGGCCGCACAGACAGUAUGGAACACCAACAAAUGUGGCCAGGAAGUUCAACACAACAGCGGUGUGGACGGUCCCGUUCUGCACCUCGAACUGACUCAAUGGGCCAUACAGAGACGCAACGUUGAACAGCAGAUGGAAGAAGUUCUCGUGGAUCAAUGUGUAGGUGGUCAAUCUGCUGAGUUCAAAGUUGGGAAGGGCCUGGGGUGA